AUGAGCUUCAACCGCCGCAGAGUGGCAUUAGCUUGCACCUUUUGCCGCCACAGAAAACGGCGAUGCGAUGCCACACGACCGUCAUGCCGCAAUUGCAUCGAAGCCGACGUCGAUUGCCGCUACGAUGACACCCCCUCCCAACGCAUCGACUCAAGUGGGGGCAGUCGCGAGAUCAUCAGCCGCCUCCAAGAUAUCGAGGCCAUGCUCCAACACCACCUGCCUGGCAUCUCUACACUCACUUCCGGUGUCCAGGCCAUCGUGUCGCAGUCGCCUACCUUAUCCGCCACCUCCCCAGCCAGUCAGGCUUCCACUCUUCAGGCCGCCCGGAUUCUAUCCCAUGACCUUGCCGGCGCCGCCCCGGCAGCCCAGUCAUGGCCGUUGCCCAUGCACAUGCAGCAGCAGUCCCAACUGUCCGGAGUGACCGACGCCGAGCUCCCGCCCCUGACAAUCCCCGUCGGCCACAAGACUUCUUCCAACUACUUGCUCCGCCUACCCGCCAUGAAGCAGCUGAUAGGCGAGUAUCCCGCCGAUCUGUUUUUCCUGCUCGAGUCGCGGAAUCCGCUGCCCCCGGAGAUGCCAGCGCACUUUGGCGCUCCGUCGAUGAACCCCGUGCCUCCAGCCGAGCUCUCCAAGGAUGUGCUCGACCGCUUUGUGUCCGCUUUCCUCUCCGGUGAUGACCACACUCAUCCUAUCCUCGACAAAGACGAAUUCCAUCGCAUCUAUCAGGGGUUCCUCGAAAACUACUAUUCAGACCCCUGGUGCAUCGAAUCAAUCUUGUGUCUUGUAGUCUUCGCCUUCGGGGCCGCAAAGCUAGCGCGGCCUGGCGCCCAAGGGUUCCAGUCGGAGCCGCCGGGGAUGGUGUACAUGCAGGCCGCGCUGCCGACGUUGGUAUCCAUGUCCUCGUGGUCUGUCAGCUACAGCCUGCUCCUCCCACAGGCUUUAGUGUUGGCGAGUGUUUAUUUUGCCUACAUUAUCCGCCCCCUCCAGAGCUGGAGGCUCGUGUAUUCUGCCUCCUCACUCUUGCAGUUCAAGCUGUGUCGGUUAUCCGCUCGUGAUGACGACCCGGCCGCGAGGGAGGUCAUUCUCCGCAUUUUUUGGUCUUGCUUCCUCGUCGAGUGUGACCGUUUAGCCGAGCUGGAGCUACCCCAAAGCGGUUUGCAGCAACUCAUAGACAAGACCAGUCUCCCUAGCUUUAGCGGCGUCGACGACUCGCAAUCCACGACCUGUCUCGCUGAAAUCUCCAUCCGCCGUCUGCUCAACCGCGUGCACAACACACUUUAUCCGCGGAAACAAAGCGUUCUCUCGUUAUCUUCGACCUCAUUGACCGCUUCCGAUGAGUUCUCGGCCGCCGAGACUGCUUCGGUCGCGUCCAUCUGCGACGAGCUCUACCGGCAACUCAAUUCCUGGUACGAGUCGAUUCCGGAACCUUCUCGCCCGACGCUGGGCACUGAGCCUACAGGACACGACCGCAAGACCAUCUUGCGAAUCCGCUACUACGCGGCGAGACACAUCAUACACCGCCCCUUCGUCCUUUACAUCGUCACAAACGACCUUCCGCAUGUGGCCAACGCUGCUAUCUUGGAGAAGGCCAGCGUGUGCAUCGAGAGCUGCCGGAUUUACCUCCAGAAUACGAGAGAGAUUCUCGCGAAGCAGAGCCAGUACACCUGGACCUUUUCCCUAUCGUAA